UUCAAUGUAACAGAACAAUCUCAACGAGUUGAAAUUUAUAUAAGUUGCUUCCCUUUUGAUCAGUGCUUGCAAAAUUUCAGUGGAAAAAGAUGUCCCGCCCCCAGAACAGCAUCAAUGUGUAUGUGCCGCCGGUGAGCAGUUUCCCGGAACCCAGUUUGCUCGGCGGCUAUGAUCUCCAGGACUGCAUGGAGUUGCCCAAGCCAGCGGAGGUCCUUGAGGAUGUGUCCGAGGACCGGGAGCCGCACUUCCUCUACGUAAUCGACAGCCGGGGCAGGCUUUUGGAGCACAUCCGGUACUACGGAGACGAUUACCGGAUGGCCCUGCGGGAGGCCUUCGCAUCGAAGCUACUCGACCAUCCGGAUAAUGGUGCAGACUUUGGAAUGGGACCCGGACCCAAUCGAGAAUUGCAGACCGAGGACCCCAGUCAGUUUCAGCAAUAAAUAAUAUUUACUCUUGCAAUUAAGCCACUUCUUUUCUCAAUUGGCCGAGAUAAAAUUCCUGGCUUAUUUGGCAAUAUAAUUG